GUCUUUUGUAGGUUAAAUGUUAAAUGGUUAAAUCUUAAUCUUAAUGUAAUCGUCCUGAACAUAUUUUUAAUCAACUUUUAUAAAAACAAUGUGUUUUAUUAGAAAUAUAACAUAUUUUUAAAAUACGUGUCAAAUGUACUGUGUGUCUGUUAAUAACUUGCUUCACAUCAGUGGCUACGGUUAACUGGUUCCAUUUGGCGAUCACUUUGGGACAGCCAAGUUUCAUCAUUGCUUCUGUACUACAUUUAUGACACAUAGUUUUUGAAUAAUAUCAACCAACAUGACACUUGCUCUCCUAAGACAAGCUUGGCACUCGAAUGCUAAAAGUGUACCUCAGCAUUACUUCAGAGUGUCUGGUUGGAGUGUCACAACCAGAAACCAUCCUUGUCACUCACAGCUGCACCAGCAUUUGUCGUUAAAAGGUCCAAGUGCUAAUUUUAAUCAGGGUUUCUACCGUUGCUUUAUGAGCCAUGAUGGAACAUCCGUCGUUAAGCAGUCACGGAACAUGGCCCUCCGAGAUGGGGUUCCAAAAACCUACGAAUUAAUCUACGCUCUCCCAAUGGAAAAAACUAUCAUAGCUGUUCAAUUUGGUGUGAUUGGUAUUACUUGUGCUGGGUGUUUCCUUCUGUAUAAGUUUUACACGACCGAUGGAAUACGGGACGUUCAAAUCGGUGCCUUUGAUGAUGAUCAAUUAAGAUCGCUUCGCAUGAGUGAUGCAAAACCUCUCCUUACAUUAGGUGGUGCAACAUUAGCGAUGCUUUAUCUCUUGAUAAGAAGAUUUCCCAUUCGUAUUUAUCGUAGCAAUGAAGCUAGUGAUCCCCGCUACAUUGCAACGUUUAUAAAUCAAUUUCUACCCUGGAAGAAAUCAAACUAUGAGUUUGUGUCUGCGCGGAAGACGAGGCUCGAUUUUAUUGCAAGGUAUAUUUUCCAAUUUGA